AUGCGAUUUAAUUACGCCGUCAAACCAGUUAUGGCUAGUCGCUUGCCUCUAUUGGCAUCUUGCCAUUUGCUAUUCGCCAAAAUCAAGAUUGGCUUUGGCUAGUUGAGUAGUUUGAGUUUUUGAGAAUUCUGUCGAAAAUCUAGAAGCCAGUGUAGUUUUAGACUCGAAGGUGUAUUGUAAUAUAUUUCUCUGUUUCUGUUUUGGUUCAGCUAUUUUCACUUUUAAAUUGCAACAUAAUGAGCUCAGCUUCAAGUGUCCAACCAACGUCAGUGGUGCCACCACAAAUGUCAACGAUCAGUGCCAUUGAUAAGGCAAUGAAUUUGUUGACCCUUGAUAAUCCAGUUUUCUGCUGUUUUCUUUUUUGGACCAGCAUUUUGGUGAUAAAAAUGCUUCUGAUGUCAUUACUGACUGCACUGCAACGUUUCAGAAAUAAGGUCUUUCCCAAUCAAGAAGAUUUGUUCUUCAAGAACAUAGAGGUGGAAUUUAAUGAUCCACAUGUGGAACGUGUUCGCAGAGCUCAUCGCAACGAUAUGGAAAAUAUUUUACCCUACUUCACUAUGGCGAUCAUUUAUAUUUGCACAAAUCCAAAUCCAAGUAUCGCAUGUAACUUAUUCCGUGUGGUCGCUGUAGCCCGUAUUUUGCACACUUUGGUCUAUGCCUUCUACCCAGUACCGCAGCCAUCGCGUGUAAUCGCUUUUGGAGUAGCGUUUGCCAUAACGAUUUAUAUGGCAUGCGAUGUAGCAUUGCAGACACUUAAAUAUAUAUAAAAAACUAUAUAUUAAAUAUAUAGUUAAUUUUAAUUAUUUGUAAAUAAUUAGUGAUUAAUAAUGGUGUACCUGGUUUAUCUUCUCUAUUCGGUGUGAGAAUUGGUCAAUAAAAUUAUUUUGAAAAGA